UCAUGAAAUAGACAUUAUGAUGGCACUGUAUCUUUUAAAAAAAAUCCCCUUUUGUAGCACUUCCUUAAAAACAGCUAUUUAAUGCAACUCUGCAGCGAGCUCUUGACAGUUCUGUCUUAACCAUUCCGAUAUUCAUGAAACAUCAUUGUAAAGGGUUGAGGUGCCUUCCUGAAUUGCCAAAUUAAUAAGAAGUAUGGCUUCUGUCGAACAAGAUAGGCUGGGCCAAGCAUUUGAAGAUGCUUUUGACGUGUUGAGGCAACAUUCAACUGGCAAUCUUCAGUACCCUCCAGAUUGCAAAGACUACGUGACUGUCUUCAACCACUGCCCUCCUGUUGUAGGAAGUCCCAGCUACUACAAUUUGCUUUCUUCAGAGCAACCUGUCUAUAACUGGAAAACAGUGUUUAACCAUCCUGUGGACCUCCGUCUUGAAGGGAAUAUUCAUCCAUCUUUGCAGAACAUCCCUGAAAACCAGGUGGUACAAGCUCCUGUUCUCCAGCAAAAGGGAGGAAAAGGCAGGAAGAAGCUCCGACUGUUUGAAUACCUAUAUGAAUCUUUGUGUAAUCCUGAGAUGGCAUCUUGUAUUCAGUGGGUAGAUAAAACCAAAGGCAUCUUUCAGUUUCUAUCAAAAAACAAAGAAAAACUUGCCCAACUUUGGGGCAAAAGAAAAGGCAACCGGAAGACCAUGACUUACCAGAAAAUGGCCAGAGCCCUGAGGAAUUAUGGAAGAACUGGGGAAAUCACCAAAAUCCGGAGAAAACUAACUUACCAAUUCAAUGAGGCCAUUCUCCAAAGACUCUCUCCAUCUUAUUUCUUGGAAAAAGACAUUUACUCACAGUACGUUCAACCUGGUCAAGGAUAUUUGAGUUUAAAUAGCUGGAAUGCAAAUUGUAACUAUCCAUAUACCAAUCACUAUGAGCUGAGUUACCCUAAUUGCUAAAUAUAAUCUUACAUAUGAUUUCCUAACAUCAGAAAUCCCCAAACCCACAAUACAAUGUAUAACUAAUAAAUUAUAGAAUUAUAUACUACAUAAUUUUAUUAACCAGUCACCCUGAAAGAAUUCAAUAAAAAUUAAAAAA